AUGGAUCGUACGAGCGUGAUGCGAGCACCCGAGCGCGGCGUCAACGACACGUCGACGCUGACUCCCACGUCGGCAUCGUUACUGCGGUACGCCAAUCACGAAGUCAUUCGAGCGCUGUUGCGACGAGAAAACGACGACGAGCACGGCGAGGAUGACGAUGAUGGUGAUUUCGAAUCCCUCGAUCGACGCGCGAGGGAGAUCGAAAUGAAACUCGUGGACGUCGAGCGUCGCUCGAUCGACGCUCACGCGGAUGAGUGCGAGAAUUUACUGCAACUGCAAGGCGAAGUGCACGCGUGCGACGGGAUAUUGAGCGACAUGGAACAAACGUUGAAGACGUUUCAGGACGAUUUAGGGCGUAUAUCGAUGGAAAUUAGGGAGUUACAGCGUUCGAGCGAAGAUUUACGCGUGCGAAGUGCAAACCGCGCGCGAGCUGAGCGAAAAUUAGGCGACGCGGUGGAGGCGCUUUCGGUACCGCCGUCGCUGAUUAACGCCGUGUUUAACGGCGACUUCGUCGGCGGUGACGGGGGAUUUGUCGAAGGCGUUCGCGAACUCGAGGUGAAGUUGGAUCAUCUCAGUGUGUCCGCAUCGAAAGGCGCGGGUCGCGCUGUAAACGACGUCGCGCCAGAACUCGAGCGACUGCGCGUCAAGGCGGUCGACCGCGCUUGGGCCUUCUUGUACGGUGAAUUCGCGGCGUUGAAGAAGCCACGCGCGAACGUACAGUUAAUUCAAGAAAAUUCACUCGCGAGACACGCGCCUCUGAUCGAGUUCCUACGUAAGCGAGGACCAGAGGUGUAUUGGGAGGUGAAGAGCACUUACGCGGAUGUCGUGGGAAAAGUGUUGAAAACGGCGAUGACUUCGUAUUUGGAUUCGCUCAAGCGCGUCACAAAAGCGCCUAGAUCUCGAGUUUUGCUCGCAUCCAGGACGCGCACGACUUCCUCGACGACGGCAACAACGUCGGCGACGACCGACGUCGCGUCGGCGGCGGCGAACGCCUUGGCUGGAAUGUUCGCGGGCAUCACGUCGUCGCCGGCGUCUUCUAGUGCGUCCAAGACUGAUGAGACGAAUGGCGACAGCUUGUUUGAUCUUGGUAAUCGCGCGCGUGCCAUGUAUGCGGCAGAGACAGAGCCUCCGUUGGUGGUGCAUCGGCAAUCGGACAAGGUGAGGCAAGAAGCGCACGCCUACGAGGAGUUGUUCCGAAGCGCGCAUCGCCUGCUCAUAGACACCGCGACGUUCGAGUAUGCGUUUUGCGAAGUAUUUUGGAAAGGCGAGCGCGAAAUGUUUGAAAUCGUUUUCACCGGUCCACUGAUGGCGUACAACGAUUUCGUCGCCCAAGGCGUUGCGCAGUCUGGGCACGACGCCGUCGGGCUGUUGAUUGCCAUCCGCGUGAACAACGCCCACAGACGCGUGAUGAAUCGUCGCCGAGUGCCCGCGCUGGACGCGUACAUCGACAACUUGAACAUGAUACUUUGGCCGAAGUUCAAGCACGCGUGUGAUGCGCACGUCAAGUCGCUCGAGGACACGCGAGAGUCGUUCGAGCCCAAUCCAGAGUCGCCGAGUUUCAUCGUGAAGCGAUACGCAAACUUUGUCCUCGCGCUCACCACAGUGGCACAUUCGCGCAUGGGCGCAUCUUCUGCGGAUGAACUUAACGUUACGAAUCAGGUUGAUUUGUUUCUCGAUCGUUUGCGACGGUCGAUGUACGACUGUGUUACGAGUAAGCUGUGCGCUUCGCUCAAGGCGUCGCCUCGCUCGCGAAGCGCGUAUUUGGUAAAGUCGUACGAUCACAUCUGCUCGACGUUAAGCUCUUUGACGAAUCUCAACGAUGAUGACGGUGUCGAGAGAUGCGCUGAGGAUGACGAACUCGCCACAGAACUCGCGAGUCUGCACUUCUUUGAAGAAAAACUCAUCGAAGAGUCCAAAGCGUUUGUGUCGCACGCGUUGGCGGAGCGCUUCCCGAGAAUUACGACGAUUUCGCGACGCCGUCGGAGCGGUGAAGGCGCGAGCAUUGAUGCACUCGUCAUUCGUGACGCACUCGUCGCGUUUCAACGCGAAUGGCGUGAUGCUUUGAAAGCGGCGCACGAAGACUGCGUGUCGUGUUUCGGCGCCGCGCGCGACUGGCGCGCCAACGACCUCUUCCACCGUUGCUUGGCGGAAUUGGUAUCGACGUACUUUGCCUUGAUCGACGACGACACCGAUGAGACCAUCAUCGUCACCAAACCCACCUUCACGCUCGAGGGCAACCGCUACGUCUCGAGAUCGUAG